AUGGCUUUAGAGGCUUUGGAUGCUCUAGAAGCUCUGCUGUCUGAAUCUCUAUCGGAUCGCCCUGUUCAUCUCAUCCGUCCGUUUCUGUCUACUGGAACCACUGUCUGCAAUCUACAACUUUUACGCUCCAUUGAGCCCUUAUGUGGUUUAUCUGUUUCCGAUUCAACUCCUCACUGCAGUCGUCCGUUGACUCCGCUCUCUGUCAAUCCUAUUGCUCUCAAACAUGCUCUUGUCACUACUCUUGAAAGCAUUACUUCCAAACUGCAUCUUGCGUUACAAACUCUACAGUCGGAUCUGUCGUUGUUGGAUCCUCCCAUCUUUUCUGCUGCGACCGUCGAGAACCGGAGUUUUGUUUUAGAUUCAUUGACUCCCAUUCAUCGUAUUGUCGGUGCUUGUGUUCGUUCGGCUGCUGAUCAUAUCACUCCUGAAAACACCAGAUGCAUUCUUGAAAGAUCUAUUGAACUCACUACGCUGGAUCUUGGGAUCCAGUUUUAUGCUACCGAACCUCUUAAUAAUACUACUCCUGCCACCGUCACUCUUUGUGGAACAAUCUUUAUUGAGUUUGGAAACGACUCGCAUGUUUCCAAAGUCAACUUGUCUAUUGCUUCUAGCGUGAAUUUAACUAAUAGCCAAGCCGAAUCUUUGAUUUUGGAUCAAUUGAGACUGCGUAAAUUGAACGAUUUUAAGCAGACACUUGCGCUACUUUCCUUUCUAGAUACCACAUCAAUACCCGGUCAGGUUGAUCUAUUUCAAUGUAUUAGCUGGAUUGAGAAGGACUUGUCAGAUAUCUUUGCAUUGGAGAUGAGCAUGCCUGAACAGACUGUCGGGACCGUUAUGGUUAGUGGCCAUGGCGUGCCUCGUUUCCAUCAAGAGCAGUGGGGUCCUUCCAUUCUCUACUGGUGUCAUCCUUCGCGUACAGAUAUCUUGCAAGAUCCAAUUACUGUAUCCAAGGAAACUGAAUCCAAAUGCAUUUACAAGGCAUUUGUGUCGAUGGAGCACAGCACUGAGACAGUUUUCCUUGCACAAUCAUGCACACAGUAUCUCAUUACACCAUCCACUCAAGCCGAUGUAGAUAUACUGGGAUCGUCUUUACCCACAUCAAUGAGUUUAGGCGGAAAUCUGUUGAGGUUUCUUGAUCCUACACAUGCAAAUGCUUGUACUGCCAAUGCAUCGUUUGUGCUGCAACUAGCUCCUCCAAUUGUGGUUACUCUUGAAGCUGCAAAAGAGUUGAUGCGUAUUAACAAUGACGGAAUGGAUGGAUCUGACAAUAUUUUUGAAUCGUAUACUGAUUUGAUGAAACAAUACACACCUUUACAGCAAUCAAUAUCAAUCAAGAGUAAAAUUCAACAGGAUCAAUCUUCAGUAUUUGCAUUUCCAGAAUCGAUUUUGAAAACACCUGCCUUGAUUGCAUCUCGUAUUCCAUUCACAUCACCAGUCCAGCUAUCUAGAAUUUACUCUAUUUUGCGUCAGCACAUUGUUUUUCAGCACUUGUACUGCAGUAUGUUUACCCCAUUACCCACAGACCAUCGACAAUAUACAUUCGACGUGGUGUAUUGGUGCCCGCCCGUAUCGAUUGGCAUUUCAUUUAUGUAUUCCAUUGCGCCUUAUGCAUUUCAAAUGCAUACUAAAGUGGAUACGCAAAAUGCACACGUAGAUGUCGAAUGCCUCUGCGCAUCACAAUCUGAAAAUGGAAUGUCAGAAGCAGUUGAAUGGGUUUCGUUGAACCUAAGUAAUAGCGAACAUGUUGAAAUCAAAGAGGCAGUCGGACAGUCAUUGAAUAUUAUGUUGGGUAUAGCAGCAUUCAAGCGAAUAUUGGAUUCGAGGGAAUCUAUGAUGCAGGAAUAA